AUGCUGUACCGUGCCAUCAACGGCGAAAGUGCGGCCGGAGCCGAGCGCCGAGAAGACCCUGGCGCCGCACCUCCGCCACCCAGAUACGAGGGCCCUCCAACUCCAUGUCCAGCACGCGUAGAGUACGCGACUCCAGUGUUCGCGCGUAACUACCAGGGCGUCUGGCGCUACGUGGUGCAGAUCCCAUACGAGGGUUACUUUACACAGACCGUCGAGGUCACCAGGUGUAUGCAGUCGCGCUGCCACUUCCUGGAGGGCGGCUGCCUGAGCUCGCCGCGCUGGCUGUCGCUACUGGUGGCCGAGCUGCACCACCAGCCGCCGCACUCUCCUGAGGAGGCAGUGGACAGUAGUUCCGAGAAGUCCGUGCACUGCGACGCAAACGUGUCACAAGGAUGCUACCAGGUGCGUUUGUACUACGACUGGUUCCUCGUGCCAGGCUCGUGCAAGUGCUGGCGGCCGGACUACUUCGCGCGCUACGUCCGCCGCAACGAGCUCUGA